UGCGCGAUGCCCGGGAUGCAGGCGGAGCCUCUGGGCCUCUGAGCCGCUGCGCGGAGGCGGGACGUGCGGCGGGCAAGCGGCGGGAAGCUGGGGUAGAGCUGGGAGAGCCUGAAGCUGCACUGGAGCCGAGCCCGCCGCAGAGUCAUGAGCAUGCUGCGCUUCCUGGUGCCCCGGUGGCUUCGCCUUCAUGGCAGGACCUCCCCAUACUCUUCUGCAGCAGCCCUUCCAAGCCCCAUCCCAAACCCAGACAUCCAUUACAACCAGCUGUUCGUCAACAAUGAGUGGCAAGAUGCAGCCAGCAAGAAGACCUUCCCGACAGUGAACCCCGCCACAGGAGAGGUCAUUGGCCAUGUGGCUGAAGGAGACCGGGCUGAUGUGGAUCGGGCAGUGAAAGCAGCCCGCGAGGCCUUCCGCCUGGGGUCUCCAUGGCGCCGGAUGGAUGCCUCGGAGCGCGGCCGGCUGCUAAACCGCCUGGCCGACCUAGUGGAGCGGGAUCGUGUCUACCUGGCCUCACUGGAGACUUUGGACAAUGGGAAGCCUUUCCAGGAGUCUUAUGCCUUGGACCUGGAUGAGGUCAUCAAAGUGUACCGGUACUUUGCUGGCUGGGCUGACAAGUGGCACGGCAAGACCAUCCCCAUGGAUGGCAAGCAUUUCUGCUUCACCCGGCAUGAGCCUGUUGGCGUCUGCGGCCAGAUAAUCCCAUGGAACUUCCCCUUGGUCAUGCAGGGCUGGAAGCUUGCCCCCGCGCUGGCCACCGGCAACACUGUGGUCAUGAAGGUGGCAGAGCAGACCCCCCUUUCUGCGCUGUACUUGGCCUCCCUCAUCAAAGAGGUGGGCUUUCCCCCCGGGGUGGUGAACAUCAUCACUGGCUACGGCCCAACGGCCGGUGCAGCCAUCGCCCAGCACAUGGAUAUCGACAAAGUUGCCUUCACCGGCUCUACUGAGGUGGGCCACCUGAUCCAGAAGGCGGCCGGUGAUUCCAACCUGAAGAGAGUCACCCUGGAGCUGGGUGGGAAGAGCCCCAGCAUCGUGUUGGCCGACGCGGACAUGGACCAUGCCGUGGAGCAGUGCCACGAAGCCCUGUUCUUCAACAUGGGCCAGUGCUGCUGUGCGGGCUCCCGGACCUUCGUCGAAGAAUCCAUCUAUGACGAAUUUCUUGAGAGAACCGUGGAGAAGGCUAAGCAGAGAAGAGUUGGGAACCCCUUUGAGCUGGACACCCAGCAGGGGCCCCAGGUGGACAAGGAGCAGUUUGAGCGAAUCCUGAGCUACAUCCGGCUUGGCCAGAAGGAGGGGGCCAAACUUCUCUGCGGGGGGGAGCGUUUUGGGGAGCGUGGUUUCUUCAUCAAGCCCACGGUCUUUGGUGGCGUGAAGGAUGACAUGAGGAUCGCCAGAGAGGAGAUCUUCUGGCCUGUGCAGCCCUUAUUUAAAUUCAAGAAGAUGGAGGAGGUAAUCGAGAGGGCCAACAACACCAGGUAUGGCUUGGCUGCUGCCGUGUUCACCCAGGACCUGGACAAGGCCAUGUACUUCACGCAGGCACUCCAGGCUGGCACAGUGUGGGUAAACACCUACAACAUUGUCACCUGCCACACGCCCUUCGGAGGGUUUAAGGAAUCUGGGAAUGGGAGGGAGCUGGGGGAGGACGGGCUUAAGGCCUACACGGAGGUGAAGACAGUUACCAUCAAGAUCCGUCAAAAGAACUCGUAGGAAUGCCUACCACAGGGACCCACCUCCAGUCCAGAGGUUCCGUAAUCACCUACACCAUGGUUGCCAAAUAGUUUUUUAGCCUCAGACCCUACUUUGUUUAUUCCAAAUGAACUCUUAGAGGGAAGCUCAACAAAUAAAGAAUUAAAAUGAGAACUGCUCCUGUUAAAGCAGGGCUGGGGACUAGACUCAGAGUCCUAUCUACCCGUGCCUCAGCCCCAGCCCCCUUGGUGGCCCUGAGUUACUUCCAUGAAAUCUUGGGAAUCUCUGGAAAAUAGAUUAAAAACCACUGAUCUGGACAGUGGCUGUUAGUUCUUCCUUCUGAUCCAAGGACUCCCCCGUGGAUUAACCUCAUGCCUUAGUAGAUGGACUCAGUUCAGACAUAGGAUUGGAAGGCAUUAGGAGUUUCAAACUAGGUGGAUUCCAAAUCUUGGCCCCAUUCUUCAAUGACUUAACCUAAAAAUCAAGGAUUCUUUCCUUUUUUUAAGUACCAGUUGCCAGCUGUUUUGCUUGCUUACCCUGCAUUUUGCUACUGAUUUUCAUUAAUUUGAGGAAAGAAGUGGGCAAAGAAUGCAUUUAUAUAACCACUCCUUUAAAAUAAACUCAAACAACCCAAGUGUCCAUCAGCUAGUGAGUGGGUAAAUGAAAUGUUUCCAUGGAAUAUUCCUUGUGCUAGUCAGCCAUAAAAAAGGAAUGAAGUAUUGACAUGUGCUACAAUGUGGAUGAACCUUGAAACCAUUAGGCUGAGUGAAAGAAGCCAGACAUACAUACAAGGCCGCAUAUUGUAUGAGUCC